UAUGAAUAAAAUCAGAUAAACUCCUCGAUCACGUAGACUUUCAGCAUAUUAAGAAAAAGAUUAUGUAGUCCCUAAACUCUUUUUGAGUGUUGAUUUGUAUUAAAAAUAAUAACAUUCUGUCAGAAUAGCUUCAAAUUAAGUGAUCAACAAUCUUACAUUCCUACGUAGAAAUAUUAAUUAUUAAACAACCACAAGAAGUAUACAAUCGGAGUUGGAAUUCUAACCAACAGAAGAAAAUAAUAAGGCUUAUGAAGUUAAAAUAAAAAUCAAAUUCACAAAGCACAAAUAAAAAUUGGAAAAGUAAUUUAAAUAAGACUUUCAUGAAGAUUAUAAAAUUGUUAAGUUUCCUAAUUCUGCUAUCUAAUAAAUUAAUGAUGAAAUAGAAUUAAGCAGGAAAUUACAAAAAUUACUUUCAACAAUUACAAAAUGA